CUAAUUUUAACCAUCGCUAAUGUAUGUUGACAUCUGGUCGCUGUGGCUUUGGAAAAGAAUAAUUUAUUUUUUUGUGAUAAUUCAUUGUGAUCGGUCAAGGAGUUGUUGUUGAUUGCACUAUUAGUUUGUUAGUCACUUCAUGGAAUUGUGCUAGAUAAAAGUGGUAACUUUUCUUCGAGAAAGCCGAUAAGAGGAGAGAGAGAGAGAACUAAUUGCAUUCUUAAUACUUUAACUGCAUUAAAAAAAAAACCAACAAGCUGGAGAAUGGAUCAAAUCACAAUAGGACAAAGCGUUAAAAUUAAGCGAACCGAUGGACGCGUCCAUUCGGCUGUCGUAUCCAAAAUCAAUGAACCAGCCCGUUGCAUCACAGUGGAAUGGUAUGAGAGGGGCGAGACUAAGGGCAAGGAAGUGGAACUUGAUGCCAUAAUCCCAUUGAAUCCAGAACUCUCACGAAUGGACCCAAAUGGCGGUGGAGUCGAUCAAAAUUCAGCUCCCGAGCCAAAGAAACAGGCAACAGCGCCGAUAAAUCUAACACGCAAUCCCACGCAAUCGGCUAUCGGUGGUGGCAACUUGACCAGCCGCUUCACAAUUGGUGGUCAGCAACUCAACAAAAUCCACGAGACAACAACAGCAGCUGCAACAAUGAUUGGCGGCUCCAGUUUGGGCAUCGUCCAUCCGUUAACCAAUAGCAAUAGCAGCAAUACAACAAAUAUUCCGAGUGCAGCGUCGAAUACCACAGGAUUGCAACGGCCAGGGCGAUAUAGCAAUGCUAGCUCCAUUGCUGCAGGGGGUGGCCAACAACAAAUACGUCAACCCUCGGCAGCAGCGGGUGGUAGUCAGAACACUAUUGCUGCUAGCGGCGAUAGAGGAGGUGGUGGCAACUCCUCUACUACAACCACCAACACCACUACCAACAAUUCAACCGCCACUACGGGGGGAGCUCCUGGAGCGGGAGGACCACGUCGUUCGCAUGCCCUCAAAGAAGUGGAACGGCUCAAGGAGAAUCGCGAAAAACGUCGGGCACGUCAGGCUGAGAUGAAAGAGGAAAAGGUGGCAUUAAUGAAUCAAGAUCCCGGUAAUCCCAAUUGGGAGACGGCGCAAAUGAUACGCGAAUAUCAAAGUACUCUCGAGUUUGUACCCCUUAUGGAUGGCCAGGUGGCAGACGAUCAUCAAAUAACAGUAUGUGUACGCAAGCGACCCAUUAGCCGCAAGGAGGUCAAUCGCAAGGAGAUCGAUGUUAUAUCAGUGCCUCGCAAGGAUAUGCUCAUUGUCCAUGAGCCGCGCAACAAAGUCGAUUUGACCAAGUUAUUGGAGAAUCAUAAAUUUCGCUUCGAUUAUGCAUUCAAUGAUACAUGCGACAAUGCCAUGGUGUACAAAUAUACAGCCAAGCCCCUGGUGAAGACCAUCUUCGAGGGUGGCAUGGCUACCUGCUUUGCCUAUGGGCAAACUGGAUCUGGCAAGACUCACACCAUGGGCGGAGAGUUUAAUGGCAAGGUGCAGGAUUGCAAAAAUGGUAUCUAUGCCAUGGCAGCCAAAGAUGUUUUUGUCACUCUGAAUACGCCGCGUUAUCGUUCCCUCAAUUUGGUCGUUUCGGCCAGUUUCUUCGAGAUUUACAGUGGAAAGGUAUUCGAUCUUCUGGCGGACAAGCAAAAGCUGCGCGUUUUAGAAGAUGGCAAACAACAGGUUCAAGUUGUCGGCCUUACCGAGAAAGUGGUGGACGGUGUGGAGGAUGUGCUCAAACUUAUCCAGCAUGGCAAUGCCGCUCGCACCUCCGGUCAAACAUCGGCUAAUUCGAAUUCAUCACGCUCGCAUGCCGUCUUCCAAAUAGUCCUACGACCGUCAGGAUCAACGAAAAUCCAUGGUAAAUUCUCAUUUAUCGACUUGGCUGGCAACGAGCGAGGUGUUGACACCUCAUCGUCCGAUCGCCAGACACGCAUGGAAGGAGCGGAAAUCAAUAAAUCGCUUCUAGCACUCAAAGAGUGUAUUCGGGCAUUGGGCAAACAAUCGGCACAUUUGCCAUUCCGAGUAUCAAAACUAACGCAAGUGCUGCGAGACUCAUUCAUUGGUGAGAAGAGUAAGACAUGCAUGAUAGCCAUGAUCUCGCCAGGCUUGAGUUCAUGUGAACAUACCUUAAAUACAUUACGCUAUGCCGAUCGUGUCAAGGAACUAGUGGUCAAGGAUGUGGCUGAAAUUGGACCCGGUGAUAGUGAACCAGUUGAUUUGAUGGAUGACGAGGAUGAAGAUGAACAGCUGCAACAACAGCAAUUCAUGCAGCAACAACGGCAGAGCCAAGGAAAAUAUCCAGCCCAUCAACAGCAGCGCACAUCGAGUGUCCAUAACAACAAUAAUAACAACAAUAAGAACGGCAAUGCGGCAAACAUGGAUCUGGCUAUGCUUAGUUCCUUAAGUGAACAUGAUAUGUCUGAUGAACUGAUUGUGCAACAUCAAGCGAUUGAUGAUUUGCAGCAAACUGAGGAAAUGGUUGUCGAAUUCCAUCGAACUGUUAAUGCAACUUUGGAGACUUUCCUGGGCGAAUCGAAGGCCCUGUAUGAUUUAACCAAUUAUGUUGAUUAUGAUCAGGAUGCAUAUUGUAAGCGAGGCGAGACAAUGUUCUCGCAGUUGUUUGAUAUUGCCAUCCAAUGCCGUGAUAUGAUGGCCGAUUAUCGUGCUAAAUUGGCCAAGGAGGAGAUGUUAUCGUGUAAUUUUAAGGCGCCCAAUAGCAAACGUUAGAAGCAGCAACCAGCAGCAGAAGAAUGAUAUCACAACUAUCACACACACACACGUCAUUUCUCUAACACCUACAUACACACACCAUUACCCAUCAAACUUUAAACUAAAAGUCAAGCGAUAGAAAGAACCCCAGUCGGUUGUAUUCGCAAUUUCUCUAUUAUCUAAGAUUAGCGGAUGUAAUCCUCUAGUCCAAAAAACCAGUCGACUACUACCACAACUAAUACUGAUUCUGAUUCAUAUUAUUUCGAGUUGGACCCCCACAAUACAAUCAUUUUAGAUGAAUGAAUGAAUGAAUGUUGAACAUUAUAAACAAAUAAAGCCCAAGAAUUAUCAAGCCAA